GCGGAAAAAGCAGUCCAUUUGUGUGGCUUAGAUGUGCUUGGUGGUGAAUGAAAGGGCGCGCGCACUGCUACUGGGGCCGCCCUACCCAAAGUCGGCCGGCCACCAUUCAAGAUGCUGUCAGUAAUCAGGACCAACGCUCUUCGCUCAUCGGCUCCUCUCAAGCCCUUUUCCACAACUGCAUUCCUUUCCACUAACCGGAAAAGCACUCCAGAUAAAUCUCGUCCAGAUGUCCACUACUAUGCCGCAGACGACAAUCAAGCUGGUUCAAAGAAAUAUCCAGUUUCGUUUUUGUCUGAUAAGGAGCUUCCUUCUGGGAGCGCAAUUGAAGACUUCCCUCGUGCCGUCAUAGGUUGGUCAGCAAGUGAAGGAGACAUUAACCCAGGAACGUUCGCCGAGAACGAAGAGUUUGCCGACCUUUUGCACAAGGUCAUCGGCGACAACGUUGACAAGGUGGAUGACUCUUCAUUGAAGGGAAUGGCGGAAUGGCAGCAAGAGGGCUGGUUACAUGUUGCAGAUGAACGCAAUCCUCCUCCGUGGGGUCGCAUACCGCUACCUGAGGAUAUCUUUGGAAGUGUUUUGUUGAGUAAAGGAAUCAUCCAGCCCAAUACAUAUCAGCGUAUGCCAUCGCACCGAUUUGUAACAUCCAAUGGGCUCUUCCAGCUCAGCCCACCCAUGCAAAGCAUUCUGCGCUCGACGUUGUUAGAGGAAAUCAAACAAUCAAAAAAAUAGAAUGAAAUGAAAUAAAUGUCGUAUAAUCCUUUUGUGAAUUUAUUAUGAAUGUAUGGUUCGAUAUGGUAUUAUUUUUCUAAGGACAGGAAAAGAUGAAGAUGAAUAAGAAAAAGACACACA